AAUGGUUAAAUUUCACGUCCGGGUCACUUCACUAUAGAGAAUCAAGCAGCUGACUGCAGUAUUCAGCAGCUAUCCACAGUCUUAGCGGCAUGGCACAAACGGUGUUGGCGGUAAUUGCGGUGUAUCUGAAUAUAUUUGUGGGUUUCUGCUUUUCUCAGAUUUAUAUCCUGGACGAUGCAGGGGGAUUGGGAAGAGUUUUUGACGGAAUUGGAGGUUUGAGCGGCGGAGGGGCGACUUCUCGGUUACUGGUCAAUUAUGAAGAACCGUACCGCAGCCAUAUAUUAGACUACCUGUUCAAGCCGAACUUCGGAGCUUCUUUGCACAUGCUGAAGGUGGAGAUCGGAGGAGAUGCUCAGACUACUGAUGGAACAGAGCCAUCGCACAUGCACUAUGAUAAUGACGAGAACUAUUUCAGAGGCUAUGAGUGGUGGCUUAUGAAAGAAGCCAAGAAGAGGAACCCAAACAUUACACUCAUUGGUUUGCCCUGGGCAUUUCCUGGUUGGGUAGGCCAUGGCAAGAACUGGCCCUAUGACUUCCCAGACAUCACUGCAGCAUACGUGGUGAAGUGGAUCCUUGGUGCCAAGCAGUACCAUGACCUGGAGAUUCAGUAUAUUGGGAUUUGGAAUGAGCGAAGCUAUGACAGCAAGUACAUCAAGCUGCUGCGGUACACUCUGGAUAAGAAUGGUCUGGACAGGGUCAGGAUCAUAGCCAGUGACUACCUGUGGGAGCCCAUUGCCCCGUCUCUACUGCUAGACCCUGAGCUCAGCAGAGCUGUAGAUGUGAUAGGGGCCCACUAUCCAGGCACCACCACAGUGACAGAGGCUCUGAAGACAAAUAAGAAGCUGUGGUCGUCAGAGGACUACAGCACCUUCAACGAUGAGGUGGGUGGAGGCUGCUGGGCUCGCAUCCUCAACCAGAACUAUGUCAAUGGACACAUGACUGCAACCAUCUCCUGGAACCUGGUGGCCAGCUACUAUGAAGAGCUGCCCUUUGGCAGGGACGGGCUGAUGACAGCUAAGGAGCCCUGGAGCGGCAGCUACGUGGUGGAGUCUCCUAUCUGGAUCACAGCCCACACCACACAGUUCGCCCAGCCAGGAUGGACCUACCUGGACACUGUUGGACAUCUGGCAAAAGGUGGAAGUUUUGUAGCCCUGACUGAUGGCAGAGGAAACCUCACUGUUGUCAUAGAAACCAUGACUCAUGAUCAUUCAGUCUGCAUAAGACCUCCAUUGCCUCCAUUUAAUGUGACAUCUCAGAAAGCAAUUUUCCAGCUAAAGGGAUCCUUUGCCUCCAUCAAGGAGCUCCAAGUAUGGCGGUCACAGUUUAACUUCAAAACGAAACAGCCUUCCUUCUUUGAGAAACUAACUCCACUGAAGCUUUUAGAUGGCUCAUUCACCUUAAAUCUGGCUGAAGACGAGGUUUACACAUUAACUACGAUUACAACAGGACGGAAAGGCAGUCACCCAGACCCACCUCCUUCAGCUUGUUUCCCUAAAGUUUACAAGGACGAUUUUCAUGUUCGAACCCCUCCCUUCUCUGAAGCCCCAAACUUUGCUGAUCAGACAGGGGUGUUUGAGUACUACAUUAACCUGACUGACCCUGGACCUCACAUUUUCACCUUACGACAAGUUGUGACUCAGAGACCCGUCACAUGGACAUCAGACGCUGACCAGACCAUCAGUGUCAUAGGAGAUUAUCAGUGGCAGAACCUCACAGUUACAUGUGAUGUGUACAUGGAGAGCGCUAAGACCGGUGGUGUGUUCAUAGCAGCCAGGGUGGAUAAGGGAGGACAGUCAGUCCGCACCGCUAAAGGAGUCUUUUUCUGGGUGUUUGCAGACGGCACAUAUAAGGUCACCAAUGAUCUCGGUCAGUAGGAUUACUCUUUGCUUCAUUAAACGUUUUAUUAUGAACCACAAAACAAAUGAAAGAGUUCUAGACCUCGUGUAUAUGCACCAUAAGUUUAAAAACAAUUUUUGCAUAGAAGAUAUUAAAAGAAAACCUCAAAAUACACUUUCAAUUUUUUAGUUAAGUUUAAGUUGUCCAAACCAAACGAAGUAGCAGGUUGAAUCUUCUGUUAUUGCUGUACCUCUCAUCAGUCAGGUUGUCCCCUGAAAUAAAACUGAAUCCCCGGCAUCCUUAGCCAACAGGAUGUCAUUACUGAUUUUUAAUAAUGCAGACUUAGUACUAUGUUUUGAUUUAAAACCAGACUGAAAUUGCUUGUCAAUGCCAUUAUCUGUUAAAAAAGACUGAAGUUGGAUAAAAACAAUCUUCUCCAGAACAUUAGACAUAAAAGAUAUUUUGGACUCUGGUCUAGAAGGGUCAAGAUUUGGCUUUUUGAGAAGAGGCUGGACAAUUGCUCUUUUAAAAGCAUCUGGAACCGAGCCUGUCCUUAAACAUAGUCAAAAACAUCCUUGAACAAGUCUAGUCGGCAAACAAUCCAAAGAACAGUAAGAUGCUUUCAUGUGGUGAACCAGUUCAGAUAGUAUCGGCAGAGAUACAGGCUCAAACUGAUCAAAGAUAGCAGAACGCAAAAGAAUAUCAGAUGGGUCAGGAUUAGUAGAACUGGAGAACUGCCUAAUGCUAGUGAUUUUCAACAGAAAUACAAGGGCGCUGCCUGUCUCGUUAUUCUGACAAAUCCAUAUGGCAGCCCCACAUUAUAGAUCAUCAACACGCCUCUAAUUCCUCCGCAAACUGAGGAGAGCCAGUGCCCCACCCCUCCAUUAUGUGCUC